AUGGCGUCUCAGCGAAAUGGUGGUAAUCUAAAAUGUAGCGAUAGAAAUUGCCCUAAUGAGUGCAUCUAUUUUGACAUCAUAGAGAAAAACCCUAUUAUCAGUUUAAAUAAAACCGUCGAAGGACAAGAUUUAGUUUCUGGUAUUUAUAUUGGCAUUGGGAUAAUCGGAAUUAUUUUCAAUGCUUUAGUUCUUGUGACUUUGAAAAAGAAGCAGGUAUCUAAAUCGAAGAUUUUCCGUUCUUUAAUGAUGAAUCUAGCAAUUGCUGAUUUAUUUUCUGCGGCUGCAGUUUCUCUGCUUGGAAUUAAAACAAUUGCCAUAAUAUUGAGUACCAAAAACAUUAACUUAAUCAAUGUACCAUACCUUAGCGCCUUGUUCAAUUAUUCUUUGGAAUUAUCGAAGGGCACUAAUGCUGUUUGUCAAGUCAGUUAUAUCUUUUUCUUCAUAACAAAUUUUGUAUCGACAUUAACACUGACCUGCAUGGGAAUUGAGCGUUAUCGUGCAUUAAUUGUUAAUCAAAUGUGUAAAGUUAGUGAUGAAAGAUCAGAAACUUGGAAGAUCCGUGGUCUGCUAGCUUCUAUUUGGAUAGUAUCCACCGUCGGUUCCAUUCCUUUUGCUUGGAUGGUCGAGGUUACACCUAGAGUGUAUAAUCGAUGUUUCUUUGCACAUCAUCAUCCCUGUGGAUAUUGCCAUUACAAUUUAAUUGUAACUAUACUAACCACCUGUAUAUUUGGCUUAAUACCAGCUGUUAUCAUGCUCUACUGUUAUAUUCACCUCGCUAGGUUUCUGCUUAAGUAUGGGAAAGAACGUCGGGCAUCAUUUUCUCAUCAGGACUCUGCAAUAAUUAAGCGUUCUGCUCCAAAUUCGCCUGCUGCUCAAAAAUUGCGUGAAAAACAGGCUGCAUUCUUAUCCAUCAUUGUCGCAUUCUUAUUUUUAUUAACCAUGACUCCAUUUAUUGCUUAUUUGCUAUUUAUCUCCAUUAGUCAUUGCAAUGGCGAUGAAAUAUUGCACGUAUUGAAUGUCAUGAAAUCAAAUCUAUGGAUUGGCAUCGAGGCUGCUCAUAUGUUUUUCGUUUUACCACCUUUGCUUAAUCCUAUAUGCUAUUCUUUUUGUAACCGUAGCUUUCGACUUGCUCUAAUGUCUUUAUGCAAGAAAAUGACAUUAGAAAAUUCGCAAUCUUCCACCAAAAUCAGUUUAUUGAGCUCUGUACGAAGUCAUCUUGGAUCACGUCGGUCACAGACCGAAUUAUAA